UCUGAUCAACUUCGCCGCACCGAUCUUUGUCCGCCACGACGGAGUUGCCGAUACUGUUUCCACUCUGAUCGCUCAACAACGCCGCACACAGUCGCCUUGUCGACACCAUCUCCUUCUCUCACACCAUGGACACUACAAAUCGCAGACCACAGCUACCCGCACUCACAUAUCUCGAUGUGGACAAGGUCAAGCGCGAAGAGGAGGCAUAUCAGAACAACCGCAACACCGGCCCGCCGCAUAGUUUGUCGACCAGCGCCGGCGCCAGCCCGACCUUCCACUAUCCUCCCGGUCCUCCCCCACCAUAUGCGCACAACCACGCAGGCCACCCAGCACCACCGCCGCCUCCUCCAAACAUGCAAACAAAUACAUGGUCAGGCGCUCCACGGCCAGCGAACACUCCGCCUGAGUCACGGCUUGCCAGCGAACACGACAAGGAUUCUGCCAAAUACACUGCGAGGCAAUCACUGCCAUCGAUCUCGGAAGCGUUGGGAGAUGGCCAGACCGCGUUUGGAACGACACUCUCGCAACAACCGCCUUCCUUACAAUCGUCUCAUCUCACACAACCAAUAUCUACCGCUCCUGCAUCGCCGAAAACGAUCACACGAACGUAUCCGAUGGAGCCGCCACACACCUCUCCGAGUUCUUUCUCCAACAACAGCUCUUCAUACCCAUCUCAAACGCGGUAUCGUGCGGACUCUGCACUUCCGUACCCAUCUGCAGAUGCACCUAGGGCUUCGUACCCCUCUCCUGCAGAAGCGAAACCUGCUCAGCAUACAAGGACACCUCAGAGCAACGCGUUCUCUCGUGCACCAGAAGGUCGCUCCGGCUAUGAUUCGCCUCCGCCGCAGACGAAUGGAUCUAUGCCGCCACCGGCCACGACCCCUUACGGGUACACGCCCUACCCUCCGAGAUACGCGAAUGCAGCACCUCCUGCAACCACUUCCGCAGGACCCAUUUUCCCACCGUCUACGGCAUACGCCUCACAGCAAGCAACGGCACCACCGGUAUGGAAGUCAGGUGGUAGUGAGCGCUUCAAUGAUCGACAACCCGGCCAGGCAGCAUAUGGUGACAACGUGAAGCGUCACUUGGACUUCUACGAUUUGGAAUCAGCUUUGAACGAGAUCGCCGCUACGAGUGGAAUCCUGAGCGACUUCUCCCGCCGCUACGGUGACCGCAUGCACCAGACCCAACGCUCUGGUCCAAGCAUGUCCACCCUUCCUGGGAUCGUGGAAGUCGACGACAUGGUCGCGAAAACUCGCGUCCAGCUUGACUCGCUCCUCAAAAUUCGCGACGUGAUCCUUACACAACAAGCUGUCCACGAGCAACAAGUCGCCGAUCAAAGAAAGCAGAAUAACCUCUUCCAAGACCAAGCACCUUCAGCCUCCCACGCGGAUCUGCAACAUCAACAACAGCACCCUUACGGAGGCCAGUUCCAGGACUCCGAUGAUGGAAAGAUGGGUGGAUUCGCGGGCAUGGACACGAAGAAGAGGAGAGGUAGAGCGGCUCCUCCGGGUAGAUGUCAUAGCUGCAACCGUGCAGAGACUCCGGAGUGGAGGAGAGGACCUGAUGGAGCGAGGACACUUUGCAACGCGUGUGGAUUGCAUUACGCGAAGUUGACGAGAAAAAGCCAGAGCGCGAACAAAAGCAGUGCGGUGGGAAGCUCGAAUUUGCGGCCAAAGGAGAACAUGGAUUGA